AUGGAGGGUCAAAAGCGAAUGAUGUGGAAUCUAAAAGGGCGCAGUGCGGUGGCCGCGCUCGAUCCCUCUACCCGGCACCGCAUCAUGCAAUCCCAUGCUAUGGCAUCCAGUUUUCACAAGCCGCUGCUAGCAACACUGGAGGUCCUUAUAACUCCGCAAUAUGUGGGAGGUUUAACUGGACCCUUACAGAAACCUGAACCAUUUAUUUGUCAUGUUACACGACUUCUUCAGAUCACACCGGACCCCUCAAUUGUGUUAGCAAUGUUGCAUCAGGAUGUUCAUAAAUACUUGCGUGUGGCCGCGUUAUUUAUUAUUCGGCUUAUUGGCAAUGAAGCCAUGAUGCGGGAGGCAAUGAGAGUAGGGUGGGAAGAUUACAGGAAGAUCCGCGUCUAUGGAUAUGUGGAGGAUUUGGAAGGCACAAUUGACAGCAAAGAAAAUAACGCCCCUGAUGAGGAGGAAGGAUUCGUGCGAGCUCCGGCUUAUGGUAUAAUGUGUGUAGAUGAGAUCACGGAUCGUCUAUUCAAUGUUGGUGAGAGUGACAUAAACAAAAAUGGAGGAAGUGGCAAUUUAUGGCUAGGUCUCCGUUUACCACCGAUCCUUCUGUAG